GAAACCGUCUGCUGCAAACUGACUGUAGCUUACUGCGGUGUAUGCACUUUUUGUAUUCCUUAGUUUUCACGCCUAUCCCGUCCAGUUUCCCUCCACGAGUAAAUUUUUUGCAUCCUCAGGAACUGAGCAACAUUCAGUAUGGCUUUUCAUAUUCCAACUCUCAGGAAUGUUGUGCGGUUGGGGAAGUGCAUUCCGACGAAAUGCCGUGUUAACAUUCAGUCUGUGAGACACUUGAAUUUGCUUGAAUAUCAAAGCAAAACAUUGCUGGAAAAGUACAAUGUAACAGUGCAGAAGUUCAUAGUUGCAGACAAGAUUGAUGACACCAACUGUCUGUCAGCCAAAUUAAGGCCUGGGGAAUAUGUUGUAAAAGCUCAAAUCCUAGCAGGAGGGCGAGGAUUGGGUGUGUUUGAUUCAGGUUUUAAAGGAGGUGUUCACCUUACGAAAGACCCUGUUAAAGCUAAGAAUCUUGUUGGUGAAAUGUUGCAUAAAAAACUGAUUACUAAACAAACUCCCAAGGAAGGCAUUCCAGUGAAUCAUGUUAUGGUAGCAGAAUCUGUUGAUAUUUUAAGGGAAACCUACCUUUGCAUUCUUAUGGAUAGAGAAUACAAUGGGCCUGUUAUUAUUGCUAGCCCUGCUGGUGGUAUGGAUAUCGAAGACGUGGCUCACAAAACUCCCGAACUGAUUAAAACCCUUCCAGUUGACAUUUUCGAAGGGGUUACUGAUGGUAUGGCAAAUGAUCUUGCUGAAUUUCUUCUUUUUAAAGGAGAUUUGAAAAAGAAAGCUGCCCAAGAAAUAAAACAUUUAUGGGAAAUGUUCCUUAAGGUUGAUGCCGUACAAGUGGAAAUCAACCCGUUUGUUGAAACUCCACAAGGUCAAGUUGUCAGCGUCGACGCCAAGAUUGGUUUUGACGAUAACGCUAAGUUUCGCCAACAAGAAAUCUUUGCCAUGGAAGACACAACUGAAAGCGAUCCGAGAGAAGUUGAAGCCAAUAAAUACAAUCUAAACUACAUUGGGAUGGAUGGGAAUAUUGGUUGUUUGGUAAAUGGAGCUGGACUUGCCAUGGCGACCAUGGACAUCAUCCAACUUUAUGGAGCAUCACCAGCCAACUUCCUUGAUGUUGGAGGCACUGUUCAAGAGCAGCAAGUGCUUCAAGCAUUCAAGAUUCUUACAUCUGACAAGAACGUGAAAGCUAUCCUGGUAAACGUAUUCGGUGGUAUUGUGAACUGUGCGACCAUCGCAUCAGGAAUUGUAGGCGCAUCUAAAAGCAUAGAGCUCAAAGUUCCACUGAUUGUUAGACUUGAAGGAACAAAUGUGGAUGCAGCCAAGAAAAUCCUUAAAGAAUCUGGGCUUCCAAUUCAGAGUGCUAGUGAUCUAGAUGAUGCAGCCAAGAAGGCUGUGGCCAGCAUUUAACCUUUUCUGAUAUUCUGAAAUUUGUAUAUGUACCAUUAGAUUUAUGGACCAAACAUGUGUAGUUACGAUUUAUAAAUAAAAUAAAGGUGUUGCAAUGAUAAUUGGAUAUAUAUCAUGCAAUUGAAGGUAUAA